GACACUGACAGGUUGGAAAACAGUUAGCUAGCUGCUGAAUGAUCGUAGUUAGAGUGUGAGUCGCAUUUUUACCCAUAAUAGUAGUUCCGGAAAACAUCUAAACCCGCCUGUCACAUGAGUCUCUCUACGUGUCGACAUGGACAACCGGUGUUUCUGCUGUGCAUCAAAGUUCAGCCUGUUCAAGAAGGAGCUGGGCUGUAAGAACUGCGGCCGCUCCUUCUGCUCCAGCUGCCUGACGUCCGUCGCUGUGGUCCCUCGCUGUGGCAACACCCAGCAGAAGGUGUGUAAACAGUGCCAUGGCAAUCUGACAAGUGGGGAGUCUCAGAACAGUGCUGGAAGAUGGUCUCCUCCUGAGAACUACAAAAAACGUGUGGCUGCGUUGGAGAGCAAACAGCCGGGUCCGUCGACGCAGCCUCUUGCACAUGGAGGCAGCCGACUGAGCAAAGCAGGUCACAUACCAACCAAAGGCCUGAGUAAAGAAGAUCAGGCUAUUGCCGACAGACUUCAGAAGCUCAAAGAGGACACUACACCCAAGUCUGUCCCCUCCGAGAAGGAGAUCGAGUCUCGCCUCGCUGCUCUGAAAGCUCCCAGCCGGCCAGUGCCUUCUGCAGAGGAUAUGGAGGAUCGUUUGGCAGCUCUGAGGGGUCAGCCUCCACCUUCUCAAGCCCCUCCACCGGUGCACCAGCCCCCAGAUGGCAGGACUCAGACUGAACUAGCCAAUGAUCUGCUCAGUCAGAUGACAGAGGAAGUUGCCAUCGAUGACCAGCAGUCAAAUCCAGAGGGCAAUGAGGAUGGGCGUAUGAACGAUCUCAACAAGGGGGAGGGGGGAAUACUGGAUGAGAAUUUGGAGGAGAACCAGGAUGCGCAGCAGGAUGCGAACAAGCAGCUUGAGGCUGAGAAGACCCGCCUGCUGGAGGAGGCCAUGGCGGAGCUGAGGACGGAGCAGCAUUCCCAGGAUCAGAUCCUCCACAUGGCCAAGAGACUGGCCCAGCUGAAGGGGCAGGACCCAGACAAAGUUACUAUGGAGGACUUCCAGCAUCCAGAUACUGACGAGGAGACUGAGGAGGAAUCUGUGAAGAGAGUGUUGAAACAGCUCUCAGAAGAAGCUGCACUGGAUGAGGCCAGUGGCUACAACAUUCCUUUAGAACAGUGUGGUCCAAAGAACACAGAAAAGAAGAAGGCAUCAAAGAAACAGGCUUCACAAACAAAAAGUAGGAUUCCGUCAGCGGCCGGAGCACAUCAGCCAUCAGACAGCGAUGAGGAGGAACUUCCAUGGUGCUGCAUCUGCAACCAAGACGCCACGCUUCGCUGUCACACCUGUGACGGAGACCUUUACUGCAACCGAUGCUUCAGGGAAGGCCAUGAUAAAUAUGACAGGAUGGAGCAUCGCACCACUAACUACACUGCGCCAAAGAAGAAGAGGAAGACAUGAUAGUUGGACUGUGUUGCAGAUAUUUUUGCCUUAUCAGGCUCUUGUCAGUCAUCAUCUUUAGAGCUGUGCUUUAGCCUUAAGUGACCUAUUAUUGUAAAAAAAAGAUAGAAACACUAAAUGUUAUCUUAAGCAGUGCAGAAUGGCAAAUUUUAAACUCUUAACGUAUCUCAUCUUAUCUGUCCAACAUGGUAUAAAUACAGGAAAGCAGCAUUUGUGUCCUGUAAUUGCAAACACUGAUCUAGAUUAAUUGAGUAGGUAAAGACACAAUGGAUAUAUAUGUGAUAUAAUAAGUGGAACAUAGCUCUUAUUUUUUCUGUAAUGUAUAAGAUUAGAGGUAAGUUAUCUUACAGAUGCUGGUAGACAGUGUUUGUAUUUCAGGAAAAAAAACUAUUCAGCUUCUGCACACAGAAAAGUUCUCACCUGUCCAACUUAAUAAGAAGCUUUAAGGUUUUUUUCUGUCACUUGUCCCACUUCUUAAAAGCAACAAAGGCUCAUCUAAGUCUCUCUUUGCACAUUUUAUCAUAAUUUUUUUGUAAUUGACAUCACAGAGAGAGGAGGCAGACACGUCAUGAGCUCAUCUGGAAUGAUGGACUGUCCCAGACCUACUGUCAGCUCUAGACUGAAGAAGCAUAGAGGAGUCGGUAUAAAAGGAUUACUGAGGGCUUUGUUAUCUUUUUGGCAGGCACUGCAGUCACUCUUGUAAUCUAUGUUUGGCUGUGAGUCUGACAUGAGUAUAGCCCCUUCUUGUCCUUGUGUUUAAUUUCAUUAGGAGGGAAACACAAGUGUAGAGCGCUGUCACGCCUCAGAGAGGAAGCAGUUUUAUUUUUAACAUUGAAGCAUCUUUUUGGGGAUUGAAGUUAUCAUUACUUGACAAAAGCGUCUCCGUCUGGCAGGUCUCGUCAGAGGUGUAGCAUUACAGUAUGGAGGUCAGAGAAGCAAAAGUGGAAAUGGGGGUCGGACAUAGCAAAUUACUAUAAUGGAGCCACUCGGCCAAGAGACCCUCUGUGUGUGUCAGGGAGAUGGCCAGAGUGCAGUUUCAUCACUAUGCAUUACUGUCUAGCUGAGGAGAAACCAUGAUUACACUUUCCUCUGGGGGCUUGUUUCCAUUAAGGUUUGCAUGGAGGCCGUUACUGUGUUUGCCUUUUUUUUUUUCUGGCCUUGUCAUGCACGCACCACAGACAGGAAAUGGAUGAGGAGGAUAAUGGACGCAUACUUAAUGGACCCUCCUGCUGCUGAUUGCACUGUGUUUACUCCUGGACUUGACAUGUCAACGUCCCCUUUGUCUCCAUUACCGCUGAAAGCACAACACACCCAUGUUUUCUGGGAAUACCGUCUGAAAGUCGGGACUGUACGACAUCAUCCUCCUCUAAAGUGUUUUAGAGCAGUAACAGUAUAUUUAAAUGUUUUUUUUAAAAACUGCUUGGUGUUAUAGACAUGUCAAUAUUUAUUUGUAAAUGGAGGAUGAAUAAUUUCUGAUACCUGUUGGCCAGUCAUAUGAUCGCCUGUGCUUGUGGAAUCACACUUAACCCUUUUGACAAUUCAUCAACAGCCUUGUCUUGAAAAUGUUCAAUUUUUAUUUUAACUUACAACACUGUCAUCAGAACAAAAAUAUUUAUGUACAUAAAUAGGCAAAUGAAAAUGUACAGUCUUACACAAAAAAAACCCAGUCUGUCUGAGUAAUAGGCAUAACAGCUUUUUAUCUCAUGUGCUUUAUUGGUUAAUGGGAAACAAAAUGUUUUAGCAGUCCAUACAUGAAGGUGAAAUAAUAAUAAUAAUAAAGAAAAUCUAUUCAAAACCCAA